UUGAGUUGCUCUCAAACCAAACAGAAAGAUUUGUAGAAAAGAAAAGCUAAGAAAUCUUUCACCUGCACUCAGUGUGGAAAGAGUUUGAAAAGAAAAAAUAGUUUUGUUGUUCACAUGAGAAUUCACACUGGAGAGAAACAGUACAAGUGUUCACACUGUGACAAGAGAUUCAAUCAGUCAACACAUCUGAAAACACAUGAGAGGAUUCACACUGGAGAGAAACAGUACAAGUGUUCACACUGUGACAAGAGAUUCAAUCAGUCAACACAUCUGAAAACACAUGAGAGGAUUCACACUGGAGAGAAACCGUACACAUGUGAUCAAUGCAGGAAGGGUUUUGCACGAAGAGGAACCCUUAUGACACAUAUGAAAAUUCAUACAGGAGAGAAACCGUACACAUGUAAUCAAUGUGGAAAGAGUUUAAAGUGCAAAUAUAGUCUUGAGCGUCACAUGAUUGUUCAUACUGGAGAGAAACCAUACACAUGUGAUCAAUGCGGGAAGAAUUUUGCAUUGAAAGGAAUCCUUAUAACACAUAUGAGAAUUCAUACAGGAGAGAAACUGUACACAUGUAAUCAAUGUGGGAAGAGUUUGAUUAGCAAAUGUAGUCUUGAGCUUCACAUGAGAGUUCAUACUGGUGAGAAACUGUACACUUGUGAUCAGUGCGGGAAGAGUUUCUCACACUCAGCAAACCUUAAGAGACACACGAACAUCCACACUGGAGAGAAACUGUACUCAUGUGAUCAAUGUAGCAAAAGAUUUUUGAGGGCUUCAGACAUAAAGCAGCACCUGAAACUUCAUACAAAGGAGAAACCGCAUUCAUGUAAUUGUUGUGGAAAGAGUUUUUCACGUCUACAACAUUUGAAAGAACAUCAGAAAAUGCAUGCUGCUGUGAGAGAGUACAUGUGCUUGGAGUGUGAAAAGACUUUUACUUCAGCAAACUGUUUAAAACUGCACCAGAGGAUUCACACUGGAGAAAAACCUUUCAAGUGUUCACACUGUGACCAGAGAUUCAGUCAUGCAGGAAAUAUGAAAAGACAUGAGAGGAUUCACACUGGAGAUAAACCGUAUCACUGCACUGAAUGUGAGAAGUGUUUCAGUCGUCCAUCUGCUCUAUACAAUCAUACAAAAAACUAUCACAGUAAGUAUUCAAGAUUCAUGAUAUUCUGA